CUUGAGCGGAAAGACCGGCAUCGUGUUCGGCAUGCGAACCACCGGAGCAUCGCGUGGGCCAUCGCGCACAUACUGCAUCAAGCCGGCGCCGAGCUUGCAGUCGCUUACCAGAACGAGCGAGUGCGUGGCGGCGUCGAAAAGCUGGUCGCCGACUGGGGAGGCGACACGCAGACCAUCGAGUGCGACGUGAGCGACGACGCCAACGUCGAGGCCGCGAUUCAGCAGGUGGGCGACAGGUUUGGGAAGAUCGAUCUCGUCGUCCACUCCAUCGCCUUUGCCGACCGCGAGGACCUUGGCGGGGCGUACAUUAAGACGGGUCGCGAGGGGUUCCGCACAGCCCUCGACGUCAGUGCCUACUCGCUUAUACCCAUCGCGCGGUACGCUUCCGACUACAUGACAGAGGGCGGCAGCAUCCUCGCGAUGACCUUCCAGGCGGCGGAGCGCGUAUUCCCGGGGUACAACGUGAUGGGCACGGCGAAGGCCGCUCUGGAGAACGCCGUAAAGCAGCUCGCCUCCGACCUCGGCGAGCAGAACGUGCGAGUAAACGCCAUAUCCGCCGGGCCGCUCGACACUCUCUCGUCCCGAGUCAUCAGCAAGUACCGGGACAUGAAGCGCGUGCAUGCCGAGCGGUCGCCCAUGAAGCGCAACAUCACGUCCGAGAGGUCGCCAAGACGGCGCUGUUCCUGUGCAGCGACCUGUCCGAGCGGCGUCACGGGCGAGAUCGUCCACGUCGACACCGGCUACAACAUCAUGGGAAUCUGA